AUGUCUACGUCUGGUUCAUUGAAGUAUUUUAAUUCUUUACCGAUAAAAUUAAGAACAUUUUUUGAAAAAUAUCCUCCUUCAAUUAAAUAUGCUAAGAGUUCCACAUCAAUAAAGUCAAUAUCUGCAAAUCCAUUUCUACGAAAUAGAAACCCAAUCAAUGGUAAAUUCUAUGAACCUAAAUAUUCGCUAAGAAGAAUGAGUGACAUUUAUAAAUUGGCUCAUAGAUACGGAGUACAGGAUUUAUUACCACCUAUACCAUCUAGUAAAUUAUUCUUCCAAGAGAAAUAUGAUAAGAAGAUUGCUGAGAAUAAAUUCAUGAAGGGGGUACUUUUCCCUAAGGGUCACAAGUAUGAGUUAGCUUUGGAAUCCAAAUUAAAGGCAAGAGAGGAAGGUAUCAAGAAUGCUGAUAAAAUGAUAGCAGAUGUUAAGGGUAAAAAAUACGUUAAUAGGUUAGAAAGGAAAUCAAAGGAUAAGACGUUAGAGAGUAAUAAAUCGUGGUUUUAA